AUGGCCGAACUAACUUGCGUUGCGUCCCUUGCUUUUUUGUGACCGAAACUCACACAUCCCUACCAUUUCCUCUCUCCUUCUUCCUCAAAAUCUUGUUCUUGCCUAACAUAAAAUAACCUCUUCCCAAAAACGAAAAAAAGGAAAAUAAAGAAAAGCAAAAAAAAAUGUCUUCUCCUAGCAAGCGCCGAGAAAUGGACUUGAUGAAACUGAUGAUGAGUGAUUAUAAGGUGGAGAUGAUCAAUGAUGGCAUGCAAGAAUUUUAUGUCGAAUUUCAUGGACCCCCUGAAAGUCCAUAUCAGGGAGGUGCUUGGAAGAUAAGGGUGGAGCUUCCAGAUGCCUAUCCAUACAAGUCUCCUUCCAUUGGUUUUAUUAACAAGAUAUAUCACCCCAAUGUCGAUGAAAUGUCGGGCUCGGUUUGUUUGGAUGUUAUCAAUCAGACAUGGAGCCCUAUGUUUGAUUUAGUAAAUGUUUUUGAAGUGUUUCUGCCUCAGCUUCUGUUGUAUCCCAAUCCAUCAGAUCCCUUGAACGGGGAGGCCGCAGCCUUGAUGAUGCGUGAUAAAGCUGUUUACGAGCAGAGGGUGAAAGAAUACUGUGAGAAAUACGCGAAGCCAGAAGAUAUCGGUGCAGCACAGGAGGAUGAAAAAUCUAGCGAGGAGGAGCUGAGUGAAGAUGGUUAUGCAUCGAGUGACGGAGAUGAUGAAGUGGUUGGCAAAGCUGACCCUUGAAGUCACACUCAGUUUAACUAUGUCCGUCCGCCUGUACAUUUAAUCUUAAAACAAAAAAAAAAAGGGAAGUGCUUCUCGGAAGGGUAGUGUUGGGUUGAUGAAAUAUAUUUGUGAACACUUUCCUUCAUUUUCUUUUAUCGGCCUUUGUAUAUUAAUUUACCUAGAAGUUUGAUGAAGGAUGGCUUAUAUUCAUUCAUGUAAUGGAUUUGAUGCAAUAUGUGGAUGUCCCCCCCUAAAAGAAGGGGAAAUAACACCUUUCUUUGGUCUGAUUAGAACAA